AUGCUGAAACGAGACCCCAGUUACGAGAGAGAGAUACGGCUUUGGGUCAUCCUCGGAGUCGUUGUCGUGCUCGUGCGCUUUGCUGUGAGAAACAAAACAUAUGGAUUCAGCCUCAAGGGUGACGACUAUGCUAUGAUGGUGACCUGUAUUCUGUGGGUCUCCUCUUUUGUAGUACUUGACAUUAUAUAUCAAUGCGGCACCAAUCUAGAUCUCGAGCCAGCUCAGAUUCAAGCCUUGUCGGAUGAUGAAAUCGUACGUGUCAUUCGUGGCUCCAAAUUUCAACAAGUGGCUUGGUACUUAUAUCCAACGAUGUUAUGGUCUAUGAAAUGCGGUGUACUGCUUUUUUAUAAACGAUUAACCCUCGACUUGUGGCGCGAUUUCAGAAUCUUCAAGUACUUAGUCUGGUUCACAGCUCUAUCCUACGUUUCUGUGAUAGGCACAGUUACUUUCAGCUGCCUUCCAUACCAAAACAAUUGGGGCGUGCGACCUCUAUCAAACGAUAGGUGCCUUCACAAGACUCAAAACUUACUUGUUACUACCUUCUUCAAUGUCAUCACCGACGUAGCAAUUCUAAGCCUGCCUAUUCCCACUCUUGGGAAGAUGCGAGUGUCUGUUUACAAGAAAAUCUUAAUCAUGGUACUCGUAUGCUCCGGUAUUUACUUUAUAGCCGCCGCGAUAAUGCGGGUCGUUGUUACGUUGAAUGGGGAGCGCUCGACCAUUGUCGUAAACCUUUGGGGCACCCGAGAACUCGGCGUUGGUCUCGUAGCCACCAAUGCUCCUUCACUACGUCCCUUGGUUUCUCGCAAAUUUUGGCAGCGGAACAAUGGGUCCCCGCCUCGAAAUCAAGAG